GCCCGCGCACACGCCUACACUUCACACCUCAGGAACGUGAUGGAGGCACUGGCGAAGCAGCUGGCGACAUUGGAUUCGGGGCCGGCCUCGAAGCGUCGAGCAGCGGGGUCGGCGGGGGCGGACGCUCAAAUUCGCGAGCUCGCAGCGGCCACCGCGAAGACCGCAGCGGGGAUCGACGGCGAGGUUCGGCGCUUGAAGGGAUUUCUCGAGACCACAGCUCUUGUGCCAGAAGAGCACCCGCACAUGAGCGGGCUGCAGCAGACGGGUCGCGACUACGACGCGGAGAGUAAGACGCUGAAAGAGGCCAAGGACGUCGAGAGCUUGCAGAAGAUGAUGCCGUCGCACGAGAGGGCCUGGGUGGAUCAAGCGAAUCAGGUGGUCAAGGAUGGCAGUGUUCCCGACGCUCACAAGCCGCUGCUGAAGCAAUCUCAUGCCACGACGUCGCUUCGCGGGGUGCAGAUGGAGGUGACGAGGGCGAUCGGGGGCAACCCCAAGACCGAACUGAAAAGCGGCGCGCCCACGCGCAACCCCAACGCGAGGUCGGUGAUCGCCGAGCUGGUGAACAUGGGCGAGUUUCAGGGACGGAUUGAG